AUUUAGAUACCUUGGGCAAAGAGCCCUUCGACAUUUCGUACCAAGGAGAGAGGCUGGCGGGUGAGAUUAUAUAUGUACAUUUGACUACUGGAGAGGGUUUUGAAUGCAGAGAGAAUGCUAGCUGGAUUUCUUAAUUUCACUACAGCGGCAUGGAGGUAUUUGUCAUCCCGUGAAGAGGGAAGGGACAGAAGGAAGCGUCAAAGGGAAGAGAGUGAUGAAGUUGAGUCUGGUGCACUGACCAAGAGGUUGUGCGCUAUGACGGAGAGCCGUAUGGCUGGUUCAAGCCAUAAUGGGACAAGGGACAGGAAAGCAAGUGUGGUUAGCUGCUCUACAUCUAGCAAUCAGGAUUUGGAGCUGGUGGAGCUGGAUGCAGAGUGGCCUCGACUCUGCUACCCGCGCCGCCCCGGCCGCCGUCUGACCGACCCGCCGCGUGCACCACUCGCCGCCCGGCCCGCCCCUGGCCAGGUGCCGGUCGAGCGCGAGGUGCCGGUGCUCGUGGAGCGCGACAUGCCGGUGGUGGUGGAGCGGCGGCCGGUGUUGGCGGAGCGGCGGCCGGCGGCGCCACGGCCCGCACGCUCACAGCCGCCGCCGCCGGCGCCACCGCCGCCGGCCGCCGCCGGCCGUGGCAAUGACGACGUGGUGGUAAUUGCUGAAACGCCGCCGAAGGGGAGCAAGGCCGGGGAAGCUGUAGAGCCGGCCGGCGGGUUCGCCGGCCUGCGCAGCUUCCGUCAGAUGGUGGAGUCUGGCCGCGUGGCCGGCCGCGCCUCGCCCUACCGGCGCCGCCAGCAGCAGCGCACCGCCACCAAACAGUCGCUCUACGAGAAACUUAUUGGCAUCAUCCCAGCCCGACCGAGCCACGCGAAACGUGGGAUGUCGGUUUUGAACUGUUUCCGGCUGGAUGAGAAGAAGCGGUACCAGGAGCUGCUAUCGGGCUACAGCAGUGUCAGUCCGCCCUCCUCGCUGGCCGACGUCUCCUCCUUCAGGAUCAAGGCCGCCAUGGCUUCCACGCCCCAGGAGCGGCCGGCGGCGCUGCGUCAGGACGUGCUCGGCCCGGCGGAUACGGCCCGACUCCAGCGCCGCAUCUCGAUCGUCGACCUGGCGUCGUCGGAUAGCGAGGCGUCAGCGGCACCGCCGGCGGCGGCGGCGGCGGCGCCCGUCACGCUCGGCUCCAGCAGCAGCGGCUCCGAAGCGCGCCUGGACAGCGCCGUCUCCGACUCAGACGGCAGCGUGGUGGUGGAGAAGGUGGUGCCGGCGCCGCCGCGCAAGAAAACCCAGCUCGACGAUGAGAUCGGCAGGCAGAUCAAACACUUCAGUGAGAUCCGCGAGAAGUACGCCGCCUCGGAGCGCGAGCGCGAGCGACAGAUCCGGGAGGAGGAGCAGCGCGUGGCGCUGACGCGCGACGGCCAGCUGCAGUGGGAGCGCGGCCUGUCGGAGCGGAUGCGCCGUCAGAUGCGGCUGACGCAGCGCGUGGCACUGGAGGCCGAGCCCGAGCUGGAGGACGGGCAGGAGGAGGAGGAGGAGGUGCUGCCCGAACUUACAGCCGAGAUGGAGAGCACGAUCUCAGCGGCGCUGCGGCCGUCGCCGCCGACCGAGCUGCUAGCGGAGGCGUUCAACCAGCGCAUCACCCGACACGACCUGCAGACGCUGAAGGGACUUAACUGGCUCAACGACGAGGUGAUCAACUUUUACAUGAAUAUGAUCAUGGAGCGAAGCAAAACGGAUAACAGCAAGCUUCCCAAAGUGUACUGCUUCAACACGUUCUUCUAUGGCAAGAUUGUGUCGCAGGGCCACAGCUCGGUGAAACGAUGGACCAGGAAGGUGGACGUGUUCGCGUACGACCUGCUGCUGAUUCCCGUCCACCUGGGCAUGCACUGGUGCCUGGCCUGCGUGGACCAGCGCAAGAAGACGGUCCGCUACUUCGACAGCAUGAGCGGCAACAACAACAAGGGCCUGGACGCCAUCCUGCGCUAUCUGCGCGACGAACACGCCGACAAGAAGAAGCAGCCGCUCGACACCUCGGAGUGGGCGGCUGUCAACGAGAAGGAGAUCCCGCAGCAGAUGAACGGUUCCGACUGCGGCAUGUUCGCCUGCAAGUUCGCCGAGUACCUAGCGAGGGACGCGCGCAUUAACUUCACGCAGGAGGACAUGCCUUACUUCCGGCGCCGGAUGGUGUACGAGAUCAUCGCCAAGACACUUCUCUAGCUCGCAGUGCGCCGCCGGGUCAGCCAGAGCGCUGGCGCUGCGACCGCGGCAGAGUCGCAGUCCGCCUGCAGCCGUCUGUAGCCUCCAGCACGGCGCGACCGGCACAGGCCGCUCGACUGGCGCGUCGGAUCUGGCGCCGGCCGUGCCAGCCGUGGCAGGCAGCGGAACGCGGCGUCGAGGCGCGCCUGUCACCUCAGAGGAGGCUCACCGGCGCCCGGCGAGUGCGCGGCACGUGACCACCGCCGGCGCCGGGUCGGCGUGAGCCUUGAAAGCGGUGGUGGGGUGGACGCACUGUGGCACCGGCGGCACGGGGCUGUCGCCCAGCUGGGCCCAGUCGUCCGCAGGCCUGAUCCCAGCUCGGUCGACGGCGGGGUGGCGUGACUGCCCCUGCCGGCGGCGGGCAGGGCGGGAAAGAGUACAACGGAGGCGGACGGCCCGCGUAGUCGCCCUGGCGUAGUCGCCCUGGCGGACGGCCCGCUGCUUGGUCAUGGGGAUGGUGGCAUAGAUUCCCGACGAUUUUGGUUUGCUGAUUGUCAAGGUGGAGCAAGUGCAGCGAAACAGAAUUCACUUGUUUGCCUUGAUGUUAAGGUCCCGUAGGAAAACCAGCUAGCUUGUCGUUCUCGCUCAUGCAUUGUCUAUGUGAUGCUGUUUACCUUCGGAAAGGAUUUAAGUGCUCCUGGUGUCUGUGCAAAAAUACUUUGGCGAUGCUUGUAAUCAUCUGGGUCGUAUUUUGACUGGUGUCAUAACCUUCUUUUGGCCGGUGUCAUCUUCUGGGUUUUCAUUGAGCCAUCUGUUUGGAUUGUUAUGCUUUGCUCUGCGCCGGCUAGCAAACCUUGGGUUUCUUGCCGUAGAAGGAGCCCUUGUCAUGUGCGGCCACUGGAAAACGACCUGAAAUAUACGUAGUUUCAUAUA